AUGAAUUUUCAAUUUAUUAUGAAACAUAAUAAUCUUAAAAAGGAAAAAAACAAAAAUAGAGACAAUUAUUAUUUUGAAAAUCUUAUAAAUGAUAAUAAUGAGAAAUUUCUUGAAAAUUAUCAGAAUUAUUUAAAAAAUACGAACAAAAUUUUCAUAUGUUCGCGUCAUAAUAUUUUUAAUGCUUGUAAUCAGAAUAAUUUAGAAAGAAUUUUAUCCCAUUAUGGAUCAAGUGCUCUAACAGAGGAAUUCGAAAAGAAAGUAGUUCGAGCACUUAAUUUUAAAUUUGAAUUGCUUGAAAACUAUAAGAUGCAUAAAGAAGAUAUAUAUUUGAGAAGUUUAUUAAAGAUAGAAAAUCAUAUCAUAGAUCAUAAAUUAAAACAGAAAAAAAUAGAAACUAAUUUUGAUAAUAAUUUCUUUUAUGAGAAAAUGUUUUUUUUAGAAAAUUUUUUUUUUGUUAACCAAAUAAAAAACAUUAAUGAAGUACUUCAAAAUAAUGAGCUUAUGAAUGAAGCAAAUCACAUCAAGAUUCAUCAUGAUAAAAUUGAAAAAAAUUUAAAACAUUACAGUGAAUAUAAGAAAUAUUCAAAUAAUUUUUAUAUAAAUUUUAACUUCUUAAAGUCAUUAAAAAUAAAUAGAUUUUUUCUAUUAAAUCUACGAAAUAUUUAUGUAGAAAAAAAAAAUUAUAGUAUCCAAAAGUUUGGUUAUUUAUAUUUAUUAGAAUAUUUAAACAAUCAAGGAAUAUGGUCUAUUAUAAAUAAUACAAAAUUGAACAAUAGGAAAUUAGAAAUAAAAUCUAGAAGAGAUUAUAUGGAUUAUAAAAGAAAAAUAUUGGAGAAUUUAGAAUAUAUAGAUUUUAAUUAUGCAAAAGAAAAGAUGGGUGAUAAAUAUUUCUAUGUUUUACAGAAAGAAGAUAUUGAAAAAAAAAUAAAAGGAUUAAAUAUUUUGAAAAUUUUAAUAUUAAAAGCUUUUAGACAAUAUUCUAAUGAGAAGAAAUUUAAUAAAAAAUAUAAAUACCCAUUAAGAAUUAUAAUAACUGGAAAAAUAAAAAGAGAAAUUAAAGAAUUAGCUAAAUAUCUAAAAAAUAUAUAUUCACUAAAAAUAUAUGAUUUUAAAAAUAUAAAAAAAGAAAUCUGUUAUAUUUGUAAAAUGGAAGACACAAAAAAUGAUUUAAGUGGAGAUAAGAACAAAGAUAAUUUCAUAAUAGAAAAAAAAAGGAAAAUAUUAAUAAAAUUAAAAGACAUAAUAAGAAAGUUAAAUAAGAAAAAAAUAAAUAAAAAAAUUCUUGAUAAUCUUUAUGUAGAUUUAUUAUAUUAUCGUAUAAAAUAUGAUUACGAUAUGUUUUAUACAAAUGAACAUAAUUGUAAUGUAAAAGGAGAUGUAUUGAAGGAAAAAGAAAUUAGUAAUAUUAAAGUGAAAAAAUCAAAAAAGUAUCGUGGAUAUAUUAUUAUUAAUUUUUUUUUUUCACUUAAACAAUAUAUUCUUUUUGAAUUAAAAUCAAAAAAACUUUUUCUUUUUAACAAUUUCAUUUAUGAAAAUAUAAGUUAUUUACAAAAUAGAAAUCUAUCUGUUAAGAAAAAAAAGGAAAAAUUUUCCAAAGAAUAUGAAAUGUUGUCAAAUAGUAAGUUUAAGAAUAUAGUAACAUCUAAAAAAAUGGAAGGAACAAAUUAUGAAAAACAUGAUAAAAUGUUAAAAAAAAUAAAAAAUGAAGGAAAUAGAAAUAAAAAUUUAAAUACCACAAAAGAAAAUAUUGAAUUAAAUAAAAAGUCUAAUUAUAAUACAGAUGAUAUAUAUAGUCUAACUGAAAAAAAUAUUCUGUUUUUUUCAAAUUUCUUAUGUAAAAUUGAUGAAUUUUUUUAUGCAAAUAAUUGUACUUUGGGUGGAAUAGAUUUACAUUUUCAUAUAGACAGAAAUAUGAAACAAAUAACUAAUUUUUUAUUCAGAUUUAUUAACAGAAAUUCAUCAUGCCACUUUGAAGAAAGAAAUAAUAAUAAUAAUAAUAAUAAAUAUGAUAAUACAAAUAACAAGAAUGACGAAGAAAAUAUCUUAAAAUUGAAAAAAACAAAAAGGAUUAUCAUAAGAACUACAAGAAAUACCCAGACUUUUCAUUCUCAAAUUUAUAAAAGCAAUUGUAGAAUUACUUGUAAAUUUAAAAAAUUUUAUAAAAAAUUGGAACAUAAAAUAAAAAAAGAUACAAAUUGUGAUUUCUUUUGUAAAGGAACUUUUAAUGAAAAUAAAAAGAUAUUUUUUUCAAAUUUUCAUUUAAUAAAAAAAUUUUUUCAUUUGGAUAAAAAUUAUAUAGAGAUAGAGAAUUUUUUAAAAAGUUAUAAAAGUUCAAAAUAUUCCAGAUAUCAUAUAUUGAAACGUAAUAUAUACAAAUCAGCAAGUAAUUUAAUAUCAAAGGUAAUUACUUUAAUUAAAAAAGAUAAAAUGAAGUGUAAUGAUAAGAAAAGAAAAAAAAAUAAUAAUAAUAAUAAUAAUAAUAAUACAGAAAAAAAUAUUGAAAAUUUAAAUAAAAAAGAAACAGAUAUUAAUGAUAUUAUUUCAUUUAUAAAAGAUAUAAAAUUAGAUAAAAAAUUAGCUUAUUAUUUUAGACUAAAGUAUUGUAAUAUAAUAAAAGUAUAUGUGACCCAUUUAUUUAAUUUUUUUGUAUGGAAAAAAAUAUUAGAAAAAAAUAUUAGUAAGGUUGUAAAAUAUAUACAUAAAAAUGUAUAUUUAUUUUUAGAUUAUACGAACAUUGAAGAUAUUAAUGAAUUCAUUCAAUUUUAUAAUGGUUAUCAAAAGUAUGAAAUUGAAAAUGAGAAAGUUAAAUUUUUAUUAAUGGAAAAAUUAAGUAUAAUUCAAAAAAAAAUAUGGCUAGAAAUAUUAAAACAAAAAAAUAAUACUAAUAAAAAAGAAAAAAAUUAUUUAAACAAAUGGAUUAAUAUACAUAUAUUUUUGUUAGUGUUUCAGAAUUUUUAUUUAAUUAAUAUAGAACAUCAGCUUUAUUUGAACUUAGAUUAUUUUGUGAAUGAAUUUUUGUAUGCUUUAAUACAUAAUGACAUUACUUUUAAAAAUGAAAAGAAUAUGCUUAUUUUUAGCUAUCUUCCUAAAAAUAAAAAAGAACUUUAUAUAUAUGAAAAAAAUAAUUACUACUUUCCUUUUUUGAAUUAUAUUAAAGAAAAUAUAAACAAUUUUUUGAUAGAAAACGGUGAUUAUAAAAAAAAUAUGAAUAAAGAUAAAAGUAGUGAAUUAAAUUCAGAUAGUUUUUAUUCAAAGAGAGAAAAACAAUUAUCUUAUAUAGCAAAAGAAUUUCGUUCUAUUAAUAGUUGUAGAUUUUUUUAUAAAUUUCAUGAAUUAGUUAAUUAUUCUAUAAUCAAUUUAAGAAAAUAUUUUCUUAUUUUUCAAGAUUUAAAUAAUUAUAUUAAUAAUUUUAUAACAAUACACUAUUUAUGUAUAUACAAACAAAUAAAUUUUAUGCUUGAUAAACUAAGAAAUUUUAUUCAAAAUUCUAGACAAAUUAAUUUUUGUUACUUGUGGAUAUUUAAUAAAAGAAAAUUUAAAUUUUUAGAUAAAACAACUAACAAAUUAAAUGAAAUGAUAUAUAAAAAUACUAAUUUGGAAAAUAAUUAUAAAGAAAAUAAUUAUAUUUUUUAUGAAGAGAAAAAGAAAAUUAACUUAAAAAAUAAUAAUAAAAUAAAAAAAAAAGAAAAAAAUUCAAAAGGAAAAUAUAAAUGUUCAUAUGUAGAAAACAGCUUCGAUAAUAAUUUAACCAACCAUAAUAACAAUAAUGAAAAUAGUUUAUGGUUAAAAAAAAAUUAUAUAUAUAUAUUUUUAAAAAGUAUUUUAAAUUAUAUUUUUAUUACACAAAGUUUUCCAUUAAUACUUAAGGUAGAUUUAGGAAAUAUUAUAAUGUCCAGUUUGUUUUUUAUAAAAGAGAAAUCUGAAAAAAUAUAUACUUACUUAUUAUUUAAGAAAAUUUUAAAUGAAUAUGUUAAAAAAUAUGGUGUUACUAUAAGUUUUUUUAUGCUUAAAGAAAAUAUGAUUAAUAAUAUAAAUAGCUCCUAUAUAUCUCUACGAAAGAAUAAAGAGAAAAAUCAAAAUAGAAAGAUGGAUAAAGAGAGAGUAGAAGAAAGUGUAAAAAAGGAGAUAUUUAAAAAUUAUUUUUUUCUCUUUAAUGAUUUAAGAAGUGAAACUAAAAAUUUUACUAAUAAUAGUGAAAUAAAAACAAAUGAUUUAGCAAAAAAAAAUAUUUCAAAAAAUAAUUAUUACAAUAAUCAUUUUAAGAAUGACUGUGAUAUAGAAAAAAAUAAUGUAGAUAGUUCAGAAGUAUAUUUAUGUUUACAAAGUUUGGAAUAUUUUACAUUUAAAGAAUUUCUUCAUUUAGGAUUAUUUAAUUUUAUAAAGGAUAAAAAGAAAAUUACAAAAGAUGAAAAAAAAGUUUUGAAUUAUGAAAUUAUUUCUUUAAACAAAUUUGUUUUUAAUUACUUUUUUUCCUUUAGCAAAUUUCCUUAUUUUCAUGAAAAUAUUCAGAUUUAUAUAAAAAAUUAUUUAUCAAAAAAAAAUAUUUCUUUUUUUUCUUUAUUUGAAGAAGUUAUAAAAGAAAAAAUACAAAAUAUUGAUAGGGUUAAUAGUCAACUAUUUAAUAAUAAUAAAAAAAAAAAAAAUAUAGAAAUAAAAUUUAAAAUAAAUAAUAUAAAAAAUGAAAGGAUAAAUUCUCAUUUAUCAUAUAACAUGAAAAAAAAGGUGAUGAUAAAAGAAAUUUUAAUAUUUUUUCUUAAUAGAUAUGAUUAUAAUAUUUAA